AUGGCAGCGAGUACGUCCACAAUUACAGAGGAUUCUACCGAAUACACCAAGCUCCAUCUAUCAUCCGGUAACGGCAUCGUCACGAGGGAUGUUCAACGAACACCCAUCCGAAAUGCCCUGCCAUCGGAGAUCCCGCUCAUCGAUGUGAGUGGUAUCUUCAGUGAGUCUUUCGAAGAUCGUAAAGCGGUAGCGGCUCAGAUACACGAUGCUGCCACCAACAAUGGCUUCAUGUACAUUCGCAACCAUGGCAUCGAUUCAAGCAUACCAGAUGCAGCUUACUCUGCUCUCCUCGACUUCUUUCGGCAACCGGCCGAUAUCAAAGACCGUGCAAAUGUGAAGUACUCCAAAUACUUCAAUGGCUACAAACCUCCUCAGUCGCAGCGUAUCAAUGCCUCCGAGUCCGUCGAUGUCCGCGAGACGUUCUCUUGGACUUACGAUCCUAAAUAUGACCCGGACGUGCCCGACCCUUCCACCAUGCCGCCUGAGAUCAAGAAGUACCUCCGACAAGAAGAGUUCCAUUGGGAUGCCACGAGCAAUCUUCCACACUUCAAACCCUCCAUCAUCGCCUACUGGCGGUCCUGCCUCCAUCUCGCUCGCGCUCUCGUCCAUAGCUUCGCUCUAUCACUUUCCCUGCCGGAAGAUUUCUUCGACAAGAAGUUCUCUCAUCCCGAUGCCGCUCUCGCACUCAACUACUACCCACCCAUCCCGAAGCCUGCUACGCCCUCGCUGGAGGAUGAGGUUAGCAUUGGCUCGCACACGGACUUUCAGCUGUUCACCAUUCUCUGGCAAGACGACGCCGGCGGCUUGCAGGUGCUCAACCGGGCGGGACAGUGGAUCCAUGCACCACCCACCAAGGGCACCUUUGUCGUCAAUUUUGCCGACUACAUGCAACGAAUCACAAAUGAUCGGUACGUCAGCACGGUACAUCGAGCACAGAACUACAGUGGGAAGGAGAGAAUUAGUAUGCCAUUCUUCUUUGGGUUCAAUUUGAAUGAGAGUUGUGGCGUGUUAGAAUCUUGUGUAGGCGAGGGAGAGGAAAAGAAGUACGAUGAGAUCGCAUGUGAAGAGUGGGUGCAGAGGCGAGUGAAGGCGAUGCAUCGAAUGGAGGAGAAGAAAGUGGGCGAGCUGUAA